AUGACUCUAGCUUCGGUAGCGUUCAAGACCGAAUUUGCGGUCGACAUGACCUGUCAGAAUUGUGUAAACUCAGUUCAAGGGUCUCUACGGGACAUACCUGGGAUAGAACGGUAUGACAUCGAUCUGGAGAAGAAGAGGGUCACAAUCAUUGGGAAGACCCCUCCAUCACAGCUCCUCUCCGCCCUCAAAUCCACCAAUCGCCAAGUAAUAGUCCGAGGAUCUUCCCCAUCCAACUCGUCCAUACCUCAAACCGCAGCUGUCUCAAUCUUAGAAUCACCCCUUCCCAUCCCAACAAAUAUCGCUUCCACCUCCAACCCCAUUUUAGCCGCUUCCCCUUCUUCCGCUCCAGUCGAUUUACCGGGGAUGAACGAAACCGAAUUUUCCCAGAAAGUAUUCGGCAUAGCUCGAUUCGUCCAAAUCGAUCCUAAAACAAUAUUGAUGGAUCUAACAGUCCGUCUACCUCCUCCGGCCAAUAUCGGUUUGGGCGUAGCCUCCGGAGGGUGGAACGUUUAUAUAUCGGAGACUGGAAAUAUAGUCAACCCACCCAGUACGACUGGUAAGAGGUUUUUGGAUUUGGGUAAGAUCGUACCGGAUAAAGAUGGAUAUGCGGAUCUGUUUAAGGAAGUAGACGGAGAAUUGUGGAAUUGGAUAGGUAGAGGAUGUAUCGUUCAAUCAGACUCGUCCGGACCAUCCACUCCGCAGGGACAAUCGCAAUCGACAUUAGGGAAGAUAUUCGCUGGUGUGGUAGCGAGGUCGGCGGGUGCUUGGAGUAACGAAAAGACCGUUUGUGCUUGUAGUGGAAGGACGAUGUGGGAGGAAGGAAGGGAUAUGGAGAAGAAGACGAAGUUGUGA